UUGACGUUGGCUAGUGCGCAGUUCUAGCCUCCUGAGCAAACUAUGGGCGUGGUUGCCCAUUCAGUUACGCCCAUGCUUAACCAACAGACGCCAAAGUCAUGCACCUGAGCGGCUGCCAAAACAAGAAGGCUUGACUAUAUAAACCAGUCAUGGUGUUGCCAAGCGUUGAAAAACGAUGCUGAGAACAUAUAUUCACUCAUGGCCAUCCCGGUUAUGAAUACUUCGAGCAAUGUGUCUUUGAACCGCGCACGUAUUGAAGGGAAAGGCGCGACAAAUGGUGUGCUUCAAAUAAGUGAGCAAAACCAAGUGGGAUGCAGAGAACUAAGGUCUACCAAGUAUAUCUCUGAUGGUCAAUGCACCAGCAUCAACCCCAUCAAGGAGCUGGUGUGUGCAGGCGAAUGCCUUCCAACUCAGAUCCUGCCCAACUGGAUUGGUGGUGGCUACCGUAAGAAAUUCUGGAGCAGAAGGAACAGUCAGCAAUGGCGCUGUGUCAACGACAAAACACGUACGCAACGCAUCCUACUCCAAUGCCAGGACAGUAGCACACGAACUUACAAAAUCACUGUGGUCACUUCGUGCAAGUGCAUGAGGUACUCCAGACAGCACAACGAGUCAGGCCACAAGGAACUUGCUACUUUGUCUGAAUCUCAGCAGCUCCAUAAGCAGAAGUCUAAGACCAAGAAGAGGCUGGGUAAGAGAAAGAUGAAUAAUAACUGGCAUGAGGUGGAACCUUAAGAUAGGGGACGUGGAAUAUGUCAGUGACUUUGGUCAUAAAUCAUCUUGUAAUUUGCUUGUUAGGGCCUUUGAAUAAGCAGAAGUGGAAGGUGGACUGCCAAUCCUGAGAAACAGAGAAUUAUUUAACCCUUAAGCCUAUAAUUAUAGAUUUAGACAUACUGUAACAGCACACUUUUACAGCCAAUUGUUUACAUCAAAUGACACCAUUAAAAGUAAUAUUCCACUAAGAUGCCGUUAACUUUACUCCAUAAAGAGUGUAAAUAUGCAUGUGUACGUAUUUGUCCCUUGUGUGUAAACAUUUUUAUAUAUGCUACAGCUACAAGAUAUACAUGUGAUUUUUUUGUUUAAGAUCACUUGAUCAUCUGUAUCCUUAACUUACUCUUUAGCUUUUUUCUAACAGCCAAAUUUCUUAUUAAAAAAAUAAUAUUUCAACUGA